GGGCACCGUGUACAAAUGAACGAAAAUUCCAGAAGCACCGAGGGCAACGCGUCGGAGGACAAGGCGGAAGAUUCCCGGACCUCGAACGAAGAGAACCCAACCACGAAGUCAAGGUACGUCAGCAUCCAGAGGUUCCGUAGCACGACCUCGAGGCCAGCGACGGAGGUUUCGGAGGCCUCGACGAGCCCGGCGCCGGUGACGCGAGCGGCUCCGAUCGAGAAGGACGAAGAGAAGCUGCAAACCAGCACCGCCGCGCCGACGAGCAGCUCUUCGACAACGAUAGCGACCACCGCGUCGAGCAACGUGGCCGUGGACGAGGACACGGAGAGAUCGACGACGAAAACGGUCCUCGAAUCGACGAGCAUCUCGACGACGGAGGCGGUGCGACUGGUCGAAGAAUCUGCGACGGAGAUCCUGCUGACCACCGCUCCGGCCGGGCUGUCGGUGACGGUGUCUCAGGCGUCGUCGACGCUGCCGUCGACGCUGCCAUCGACGCUGCCGUCGACGCUGGCAAUACCAAGCUCGAGGAGCAGCGCAGCGACGGUGGCUCAACCGAGGCCGUUCGGGCACAGCCGGCGCACCAGGCCGACCACGGAGUCGCCGACCACCCCGCUGCCGGGGUCAAAGGUCGCCGGCUCGGAGGCAAUUAGACUGCCGACCCUGAAGGAACUGAUCGGUCCUCGGACCGUCGACCGGCCAGAGAAUGGCUCGCCCGUGCACUUGAGCUUGUUCGACAGAGCGGCGAGCCACGUUCUCGAGGGAGGCGACGCUCGCGACCUUCCGCGGGAGGUCGAAGCGCCCGAUGGCCCGGGUUACGAAACAGACGCCUGGAUAUUGGCCAAGGCGAGACAGGCCGAGCUGGACCCGUUCGAGGACAAGGUGCGUUUGUAUUACGACGAUGAGAAUAGCGCGGACGACGCGGAGUCCUCUCUGGCCAGCAAGAAGAGGAUCGACCGCGAAGACUCCACCACCACCAUCACCACCACCACGAUUAGGCCGACCACCAUGCGCGGCGCCCCUUUGACUCUGCCGCCCAAGGACCAGGCCCCGCGCGGCUUCUACGUCACCAGAAGCGAAACCGAAAGCAGCGUCGCCGAGACCGACGCCUUCGCCACCGAGCCGACCACCUUGUCCUUCGAAGUGGACGCGACGAGUUCGAGGACCGAAGCGACCGCGUUGCGUCGUCGGACAACCUCGAGGCCGACCGCUCAAAGUCCUGCCGACCGCGCGACGAAGCAAACGGUCAGGGUCACCGGCAAGCAUAGACACAGAGUGAACGCGACGACCCCGAGAUCAACCAGCGAAUCGUCCGCUACGCCAACGAUUCCGAAAGCACCGUCCCCGAAGACGCUCCCUCCGACUCUAGCUGCAACAUCGACCGUCGAAUCGACCAUAGAUCCCACCACCGUAUUCGAGCCAGCUGCCACGAUCGGACCGCCGAACGAUCUCUCCUCCUCGAGCACCGAAAGAGAACAGACACCCGCCGAGACAGAAGACACUGCGACCGAAGCGUCAACAGAUACUCCGGUUACUCCGAAAGAACCCGAAGAGUCCACGGCGAGAGAACAGUCGACGGACGCGCAGACUACCUUGGCGAUCGCCACGACACCGGCGGCAACUACGACGACGAGCACGGAGAAACCUGGCCCGCCGGCUCGCGGCACGCGGAGGUUCAAUUCGCACGAGUUUGGCCGCCGAGGUCACCGAGAUAAAUCGAAAACGCCGAUUGAAGAGAACCUGGUGAAGCCGAAGAGAACCCAGCAACGUCGUUUGUACAGAGGACGUCACCGGAGGCCCCUGGACUCGGUCCCCGAAGAGUCCGCCGCCAAGGACUCGAGGAACGGGUCCUCGAAGAAUGCCGAAGAACAGGUCGGGGUCGAGGAUAAUGUCGGUCGAAGCGAACCUGAGGUGAAUUCCACCAGGAGCACGGUAGGCCCCCUUCGAACACCGGGAAGCCCGUCGUCGAACAGGUUCAGGAAACCAACCGGAUUCACGUUGGCGCCGUCGCGAAAUAAGCCACAGAACGCGAUCACCAAUCCCCGAGGCAACAGUCCAACGGACGGAGUCGAUAAAAUCGGUGUCACGGAGAACGUAUCGGAAACGGCGAGACCGGAAAAAGAUAUCGAUCAGAGUAGUCGUGCACAGGAGAUCGCGGUGACCUUGGCGGAACCACCGCUGCCGCAGACACCAGCCACCGGUCGACCGUCGUUAAGGGACGCCCUAAGGCGCAGGAUAAGCACUACGCUAGCACCUAGAACAGAUUCGACGACACCUAGGACCGCCGUCAGCUUUGCCGUGACUCUUAAAGACCGACAGAGGCCGAAGACGCAGGACAGGCCGAAACAAAACACGACGAGCAGACCUAGACGACCGCAGGUGAUCGACUACGAUUAUUACGAGGACGAGGAAGAAUCGGUGGUCGGCAAAUCCACCUUCAACGGAAAGCUGCUCCUUACGAAUCAGGGCAGCAUUCGGUGCCUGGACCAGGGCAACUUCCCCCAUCCCUACUCGUGCAAAAAGUUCAUUGUCUGCGCUAGAAUGCAAAACGGUCUGGUGAUCGGUGCCGAGUAUACCUGUCCUGACAAGCUGUCCUAUGAUCCUGUCGGCGGGAUCUGCAAUUGGUCCGCGGGGCUCGGUUGCAAGGAGUAAACGAGUAAACAAACAUAAAGAUUCUUUUUGCCGAUCAAUGAACCAUUGAAUAUCGCGAUCACAGAUCAGGCGUAAGAGUAGAUCAAUCACACAGUCUGCUUUAUCGACGAUUAAAAGCGAUUCGUCGCGCCCUCUAUAUAGUCCGCAACGAAGAAUUCCGAAAGUAUCGAUUUCUGCCAGCAGUGGCGCUACGGUGCAAUGCCAGCCGGUAAGGUUGUGACACGCGAAUCAUAAUGGCAUUAGGUGAUUGAUCUAUUCCCAUACAUUGUCCGUGGUGCAAUAACAUUGAGAAGAGAUAGCAAGGAAAAUGGUAAAAAUGGUACGCUUCGGAACGAGCCAGCCAUAAUCGAUGGAAGAGCGGUGAUAUUAUCGUUUAAAAGCAUCCUCGUGUAAAUAUUCUCGAGUUAUUGUAUAUACGUAGGCUUAGUCGAGGAACGGGCUCGAUCGAGUCUAGAAUUUGAUUGUUCGAAAAAAUUUGCUCCCCGAGUCUCUCUACGAAAGAUCGAUCGAGGCGUUCGCCCGCGCCAAUUCGCGCGCCACGACGAAAUUCUUCUUUUUCUAUUUCGAAUAAAAGCAUCGUUUAAUCACAACACAA